GCGCGCGGUGGCGAGAUGAGCGCGCCUCUGUCCGCGGCCGAGGCGCUCUCGUCGCUGCUGUGGCAGCCCUACGACUGCCGCUCGCCGCCCCUCGCGCGCUCUCGCACCGAUGGCGCGCUGGCGGGGGCCGGGGCGCGCCAGUCGCCCAGCGGCGGUCGACAUGCGCGCGCGUCGUACCGCGCGAUCACUUCCCACGAGAUGCGGCUGCCCGUGCCGGCGCCCGCGCCGCUGCGGAAAUCCGACUCGGUGUCCGUGCGAGUGCCCGGCGAGCCGAGUCGCGCGAACGUGUGCAAUGUGAACAUAGUGCAGGUGCAGGAUGCGCCACCGGGGCCCGUGAACAGUGCGGUGCAGACGGAGAGAGAGCGCAGUGUCGCCAGCGCGGAGUGCCAGACGGAGGAGCCGGCGCGGCGGCGGCGAGCGCGGCGGGUGCGCGCGCCCCGGGGGCCCGACGCGCUGGAGAGCGCGCCGCCGCCGCCCUACAGCACACUGCCGCCGCCCCUGGCGGUGCCCAUGCCGGUGCCCAUGCCCGUGCCGGUGCCUGUGCCCCCGCCGGCGCCCAUCGUCUCCCCGCAUCCACCAGUGCAUCGGUUUCCUUUUCAACCUAUUCCUCUCAGAUCUGGAAGAGGUGCAGCAUAUGCAUGUUCUGAAGGGGAAGGCAACGCGCCCAAGUCGUGUUGUGGGCGGCCUCCGUUAAGGCUAUGUGUUCUCUUCCUGGGCGUCGUGGGCGCCUGCCUCGUGGCCGCUGGGGCCGUGCUCGGAGCCCUGAGGCCUCACCCCCGGGCACCUCUCACAUUACUGCUACUAAUGAUAGGUAUAGGCGUGGUGUUAGUGACGGCGGCGGGCCUGGCGUGGCGGCUGGGCGCGCGCGAUGCCCCCUGCGCGCUGCUAGGACUCCGGCGGGCCUCCUGCCGGCGCCUGGUGCCGCGCCUGCCGCCUAGCUACGCGCGCCCGCAUCACCCCUACGCGGCCAUGCUCUACCCGGAGUUCCACUACAGGCCUCCGCCACCCACCUACCAGGCGUCCAUGCAAGAGUAUAGACUCAGGUUGCUUCUCCUCGACAGAAGUGCGCCCGCGGUGUCGCCACCUCCCACUUACAGGUCAAAUUCAGCUAGUCUAGUCAGAGGAUCCACCGGAGCAGCGUGGUGCGGCUCGGAGUACAGCGGCCCGCCGUCCUACCGCGCGCCUCGCGUCGACCCCCCGGUGACGGUCACCGACACGCUCCCAACGCUCACGCAUCUGGAGCUCAAGUACAACGACGACACAAUAGACCCCCUGCCGAAACCAACGGAGCAAGAGAAGGACCCUGACGAACACCUCGUCACGAUAGUCCACACGGAAGCGCAACCGGUGAUCGUCACCGUGUCCGGGUCGGCAGCAUUGAACGACACCCACAUACAACCGCCUACCGAAAUCGACAUACUGGCACAUUUAUAACGAACCAGUGGACUUCUAGCUUUAGAAGACAUGAGGAUUGUGUUUGAGUGGUUUGUACAGUGAUAUAUCGAGUGCUAUUCGUGAGAAGUGAAGUUUGGUGCCCAUUAUUAGGUAUAUAAAGAUGCUGCAAUCGUAUUGGGUUGUAUAGAAAUAUAUAAAGGAAAUGGUCCAAAAUUGUUUGAAGCCCAGGAUCAGUCAUUGUACCCUAGCGGAAAUUAAAGAAAAUAUUUUUUUAUAUUACGAAUUUACUUUAACUCUUUCGAAAUAAUAUUCAUUCUCUCCCAAGAAAUGCAACACUAAUAUGGGUUAUAAUGGCGGAUUGAUGACGUUUUCAAUGCAAUAAUCGAUUUGACGUUUGCUGUCAAUUGUAAUGUCAUAGUUGCUCUAUGGGCGCCAUCUUGUUAUAACUCAAAAACUUGGGUUUUUAUUUUAUUUAUUUCUUUUUAUUUAGUUAGAUUUAUUCACUUUAAUAAAUUUUAAUAAAAUCCUUGUAUUUUUUAAAUUUUAAUGAUACGGGGUACAAAAGUGGACCUGAAAUGGACCAUCUCCUUUAUAUUUAUAUAUUUGUAUACAUUGUUUGACAAUUGAAGUGGAUUAAGUACCUUAUUAUCAUAAAAAAUAAGUUUUAUAUAAUAUGAUGUAAAUACAAAGCACUGACAUAUAUUGAUUUGCUUGGAUAAGAUGAAAAAUGUGCCGUGUAUAUAAAUAGAUUAUACAAAAUGUAACUUUUAUUAAACCAAAACCUUCACCAUAAUGUACAAUGUGUUAAAAUGUUAAUAUAAUUUAGUGCCAAUGGUUGUAUAAUAUUACGUUUAAUUUGUUAACAUUUUCAACUAUCGUAUUUUGUGAAACUGCCUUUCCACCUUUUGCUGACCUCGCGAAUUAUUUUAUAUUUUAUUCAUAAUUUAUUAAAGCUUUUCUUAUUUAAAUAACAGUUUUGUUUUUACAUUUUUUAAGCCACACAGAACCCUGACAAAGAGUCGUCAAUAUUUAGAUAUUCAAUCUUAUUUGCACCCCCUAAAACUUCAUAAGACUUAUGUCAAAGUAAAGCAGAACAGUAUCAAAAACGGUUCAGUAUUUCGUUUAUGAAAAACUGUAUAUCAUGGAGACAAAAAAGAUACAGUUAUGACGAUGUAAGCUUUUUUAUUUAUAUCUAAUCCUUCGUUAUGAGAUAGUAUUAAACUUGAUAAUUUAUAGUUUUAAGGUAACAAUUAUUGCGGAAAUUAACUGAAAAAUUACUGUAAAUAGCGGUUAUUAUCAAUUAUGGAUGAAGGUACGAAAACCAAUACAUAAAUUUACCGAUAUAAAAUAAAUUCAUCUUUAUUUGAAUCGGCUGUCACGUAUAGUAUUAUUAGUUUUAGGUAAUCUCUACUAAAAUGAAAAUUACAAUGUUUUAUUAACUGCUCCAACAUAAUGGAAACGCAGCCUAACGUUCAUAGGGCAUUACGACGAAUCCAACAUGGACUAUAUGACGGAAAGAAAAAAAGAAAGUAAAUACAGAAUUGUAAAAACACGUGUAAGUUACAGGUCUUUCUAAAGGGUAUAAAAGGAAUUUAUUUGUAAAAACAUAUUUUCUCUUCAUUUGAAAUAUGGAUACGUGACAUACCGUUAUCUCGUGUAAAUUGAAUAUACGACUUACGAAUAACUUCAGUAUAGUAGCGUUAUUCUAUAACGAUGUUUUUGUAACUCGACAGUAUAAGUUUCAAAUUCCUCUCUAUCUUUCCUUAUCUAUAGUAUCGUGUUAGACAGUGAGAGAUGAGUCAAAUUUGAGAAUCAAACUGUCAUGUUAUAAAAACACCGUUACAGAUGUAAGUCUAAAGCUGAAACCUCACCAAUGCGUCCAUAGUAGCGUCCGUUAUUGCUGCAUCCGACUAGCUACGCAAUGUGUCCGUAGUUCGUCGGACGCAGGGUUAACGUGAAUGCCACCGUGGACGUAUUAUUUUGUAUGUAUCAUACAUGUUACUAUUGGUUGUAACAAAACAUAUUGUAAUUUAUAUGAUGUACAUAAUGUUAUUUGUAAUAUAAAAAUAAAUAAAGAUCUUUAGUGAAAUAAA